AUGCUCAAGAUGGCCGACGCCUGUGUAGACAGUUCCAAACAAACCCGGUUCCAUGAAAUGCACGUACAAAGGUACAACAAUGUUAGCAUUCUGUACGCUGACAUCGUAAACUUUACACCGCUGUCUGAACGGCUCAGCGCAUCAGAUCUAGUAAAAACACUCAACGAAUUGUUUGGAAGAUUCGAUCAAAUUGCUCAGGAGAACCAAUGCAUGAGGAUCAAGAUACUCGGGGACUGUUACUACUGCGUGUCAGGGUUGCCAGUGUCGAGGCCCAACCAUGCGUAUAACUGCGUCAAUAUGGGCUUGCAGAUGAUUGACGCUAUACGGUUCGUCCGUGAAGCCACGGGUUUCAAUGUGGAUAUGCGUAUCGGAAUUCACACAGGAAAUGUUCUAUGUGGCGUACUUGGUCUACGCAAAUGGCAGUUCGACGUUUGGAGCGAUGACGUCACACUGGCUAACCAUAUGGAAUCUGGUGGAAUCGCUGGUCGAGUUCACAUUACAAAAGCCACGUUACUCCAACUGGGCGGAAGAUUUGAAGUGGAGCCGGGAGAUGGAGCUUCUAGGGAAGGUUAUCUAGCGGACCACAAGGUCGAAACUUACCUCAUCAUACCACCAAAGAAACCUUCCGAAAACGGUCGUCUUUCCGUGUGUACAGUAGACAGGAAGGCCUCUGUUGUAUCCUCGCUGUACCAGGACAUCUCUCCAACAAAAACAAGGGGCAACAUAAGUCCAGCACCCUCACAGCACAGCUUCAACGAGGCAGACUCUUUCCCAAACAGGGUCUUGAGAACUGAGUCAAUGAGAACUACCACCGGAGAUCUGAGCAGACGGGCUUCCAUGCGAGACGGACCUAAACAAGUAGCAUUUGACAGCACACAAGCCACUAGUCCUGGAGAAGGGCUCGGAAACGGCACUGUCAUCCCUGUCAAGCCCAAGAGUCGUAGUGGGUCUAUCAUUGGAGCCAUCAGCCCUAUUAUGGGAACAGCUACUCCUGGAGUACCAACGCGGUCUCGUCCCUCCAGUAAGAUGACAAAGUACGUGGAGUGUUGGGGCGCAGACAAACCAUUUGCCAACAUCACUGAUUCAACUCUUGCCAAGAAUAUAGGAAUUUCGAGUUUAGCAAUGAUUGAAGAGAAUCUCCUGCCACAACGGACAACUUGCUGUGAUUGCAGCACAAACUCAGAGGGAAUGAACCGCGUCACGCUGUGGUUCAAGAGAAGUACCCAGGAGCGGCAGUACCGCAAUCAGUCCGACGGGCAGUUUAAGUACAACGUCGCCUGCGCAGCUCUCCUCUUCGCUUUGAUUGCAUUCAUUCAACUGCUCACUGUCCCCAAGAGUAUCGUACUGUAUGCCUCUUUUGGGCCCACGUUCUUUACCCUCCUGGUCUUCGUGUACUUGUCUUGGUACGAUGGUACCACGCUGGCGAGAGAGUUACAUCCGAUAUCUGAUGUUCCAACACUCACUGAUGACUUGUAUGCUGAUAAUUGUACGAAACCUGGUCAGGUGGUAUCAAGUAACCAGUUCAUAAGACUGACGAUGUUUUUGGUAUCGGUGAUACUGAUAGGUUCGUGUGCAGUUAUUAACUUGUUCCAGACAUACACCGGCUCCGUAGAGUUUAACAAUACCACAAGUUUAAUAGACCUGGAGAAUAAUUAUAGUGUAGACGUUACCAGCCAGUACUUCGUGGACGUUGAUAUUGUUCCUAGUUACCUGUACAGUUCAGUACUGACGCUAGCUUCUAUCUCGGUGUUCCUGCGAGUGGGCUUCGUGCUCAAAUUAGUUCUGAUGAUCGUGACGUUGGUGACCCACAUCUCGCUAUUCGCUUCAGCUCAACUCUUCUCUGAAUACCAGAAGAAGGAAAUUGAUGAUGAGUUCACUAUGCUCCCCUACGCCGCGAAGGCAGGCCUGAUCCUGGUAUUCCUUGCAGCUCUACUGCACAUCCUGGACAGACAGAUAGAGUUCACUUCUCGGACUGACUUUUUGUGGAAGGAUAAACUUAAAUUUGAACAAGAGGAGGUGGAAACUAUGAGAGGCAUCAAUAAGAUUCUUCUGGAAAAUAUUCUUCCAGCUCACGUGGCCCAACAUUUCUUGACUUUUGUUGCAUCCGAGGCCGAGCUUUACCACGAACGAUACUCGACUAUAGCGGUAAUGUUCGCAUCUAUUCCUAACUACAAAGAGUUUUAUGAUGAAACUGACGUCAACAAACAAGGCCUCGAAUGUCUGCGGUUGCUGAACGAAAUAAUUUGUGAUUUCGAUAAGUUGCUCCUGAAGCCUAAGUUUAGCUGUAUAGAGAAGAUAAAGACAAUAGGAAGCACUUACAUGAUUGCGUCUGGAUUGAGGCCAGGAAAAGAAGAACAAAAUGACACGGCCACUAAAGAGGAACACUCAGUGGCAAUAUUAGUGGAGUUUGCUAUUGCACUUAUGGCGAUGUUGGAUCAAAUCAACAGGGAAUCUUUCCAGAGAUUUAAACUUAGGAUAGGACUGAGCCACGGCCCAGUCAUAGCAGGUGUAGUAGGUGCACAGAAACCACAAUAUGACAUAUGGGGCAACACAGUCAAUGUGGCUUCAAGGAUGGACUCCACCGGGGUCAUGGGCAAAAUACAAGUCACUGAAGAUACAGCUAAAGUAUUAAUGAGCGCUGGAUAUACUUGCGAAUGCCGAGGUCCAACUUUCGUCAAAGGAAAGGGCACACUCGUAACAUAUUUUGUGAAAACACCCGCUGUGGGGGGAGGAAUGUGA